AUGGCGGCGUGGCCCCCUCGAAGUCUAGAGGAAUGUCGCUCCAACUCCCACGAUACCCUCCGAAGUGGCAUGCCCUCUCCGCGCAUCGAACAUUAUGACGGCGAGUCCCGCCGAGGUGAUCGUCGCAUGAGCCGUCUGCCCCCUUCCAGUGUCGCCCGCUCCCUUUCCCAUGGCCGACCGGGAUACUUCCGAGGACGCUCGAGCGAGGGCGAGGGUCAAACUCUCACUCGAAGACCAACGCAGAAGAACAUCGUUCCAGAGGUCGAGGAACCUAAAUACCGCCCAAUCUCAGAACACCCUCGAUUUAGUUCCGUCUCGCAUGCGAGUAGCAAUACCGAAGUCCAAGAUGAUCAUUCUACCCCUCGGAGUACAAUGCUACGAACCAGCAGCAGUGGAUAUGACAUCCCACGCGCAGAAUCCCCCGAGGAGGAUGCAUCGCUCGCCGGUGAUACUCCCCCCGUGGGGGUCGCCUUCACCAAUCCCUCACGCGAUAACUCGACCGACUCGGUGUCUUCGUCACGACUUCACAUCCCUCGAACCUUGGCUCCACCCCAUUCCCCGAACUCGCGGCCUUCCAGUAGUACACGGGUCGGUCACCCGGAGAGAGAGAGCUCGGAUGAUGAUUAUAGCAGCUCCAAUGCGGGCUCUACUUUCUCGAAGCCGCGAAAGCUGUCUUCUGGAAGUGCUGUCUCGCUGCCAUAUUCACCCAUGUCCACGUUCCCUGCUCGGGUACACCCUCGAUCGCCCUCUUUGAGCUCCGAAACCUCAAAUAGUUAUCUGCCCCGGCCGUCGUUCAACUUCUCCCGUCCUCUCAGUCGAUCAAGCACCAGUCUCUCUGCCCCUGGUCCGUCAGCUACCUCAGAACCAACGUCAGUCCCUCAGGGCCACCAGCCAAGGCAUAUGCACCGCUCUAGCAAGCCAACGCCGAUCCUUCUGCCCUUGGCUACGGAUGCGAUGGGAAAUCCAAUCGAAGGCGAACCGUCGUCUGCUGUCUCUUCGUAUACAUAUGCUAAGUAUGAUCUCCCGCGAGGACGGGGUUUGUCCAGAGACUCGGUGAUUUUUGCAGGCUUGCAAACACCGCAUUUUGAGUGGAACGAGCCCUUGUUCGAAAAUUCUCCGCCUCGCCAUUCGGAAGAGAUACCGCGCCUCGCUCGCACUCCACCCCCUACCGCGCGUCGGGAGGUGGAAAACUCGCCCAAGCCCCGUUCAAUGCACGAAGUGCCUGCUACGCAAAUCAAACAAGCUCCCCCUGUUCUGGCCUCGCCGCCAAGACCCCCACCGGCACCAGCAGCAGUCGCCCCGCCAGUUACUCCGCCCCGGCGGUCCGCGGAGGAGGUCGCUAAGUCGAAGAGCAAUGAAAAGGAUGAUACUAUUUCAUCUGCCGAUUCGGCAAGCACUACACGCCCACAGACCGCCAAUACCCAGGCCAGCCCGGCCACUCUCACAGCCGACGACCAUGUUUCAAUGGGUAUCGAUCUGCAUGAAAAGGGAUCCUUGAACGAAUCCACCUAUCAUAUGCGGAUAGCUGCGAAGCAAAACCACCCUACCGGUAUGCUGCUCUACGCCUUGGCUUGCCGUCAUGGCUGGGGUAUGCGAUCCAACCAACAAGAAGGAGUGCGAUGGUUACGCAAGGCCGUGGACUCGGUUGGAUUGGAAAUGCUGGAGAAUCCCGAUGCCCCUGGCGCAUCCAAAGCCAAGGAGCUACAGAAGGCGUAUCGGGCCCAAUUUGCUCUGAGCAUCUAUGAACUUGGCGUCAGCUAUCUCAAUGGCUGGGGUAUUCACCAGGAUAAAGGCCUGGCCCUUCGUUGCUUCGAGAUCGCCGGACAAUGGGGUGAUGUCGAUGCCAUGGCUGAGGCUGGAUUCUGCUAUGCAGAGGGUGUAGGCUGCAAGAAGGAUAUGAAGAAAGCAGCACGGUUCUACCGCCAGGCCGAGGAUAACGGCAUGAGCAUGGUUGGAAAUAGUUGGAUCUACAAGGACAAAUAUAUGGCCGAAGACAAAUCCAACGGCCGCUCCCGUGGGCGCACUGUUAGCAGCGACAAGAAGCCGCGCAGUAAAUCACGGACCCGCAGCAUCUUCCAGCGGAAGAAGUCUGCGGCAGAGGCAUAG